AGCUGCUCCAAAAGGGCCGAAAAUAACCAUGAGUCCAACCAGAGCUCGGGUAGGAGACACUGUUCGGAUCGCGGUGCAAGGAUUCCAGGUAAACAUACAAAUUGUGUCCUGGAUAAAGGUUAGAAUUGCCAAUGAUAAGUCUGAGUUCUAGAGACCAUUCUGGGUUUAUCAACUAAACUGUGAAAAGAGAGCGCUCAGCAUUGGUCGCAGUUCAUUUAUCGUAGUCUGAAUUUUGAAAUUCGGUUUUCAGUUUAAUAUAAUUUGGUGUUUAGUAAAGAAACCCCAUAGUUUUUAAACACAUUUAAUAGGUCACUUUUUAUUUCUAAUAAAGUCCUUAUUUCAUAGCAGACAAGAGCCAUUACUUUAUUUUUAUCAUAGUGAAAAACAGUACGGGAGCCAAUCACAAAACAGCUUUUAUUUAAGUUGUUUCAUUUUGUAUUCAUUUUCUGUGUCCAUCCAUAAAACGCUAGAAUGUGUUUAGAUAAAGGAAGCACAUCCCGUAUAUAUUUUAAUAUCUCUGACUCCAUUUUGUAUCCCUCUCCAUUUUGUUUUUGGUUACAGAAUGAUGUCUUUCCGGAGCCUCUCUUCACGUGGACCAGAGUGGGAGGACGACUCCUCGAUGGCAGCUCAGAGCACGAUGGCAAGGAACUGAUUUUAGAAAGAGUUCCGGCCGAACUGAACGGCUCAAUGUAUCGCUGCACGGCACAGAAUCCUCUGGGUUCUACGGACACACACACCAGACUUAUAGUAUUUGGUAAGCAGGGAACACCUACAGAUUGAUCCACAGGCUUCUACAGGCAUACGGCAAGCUCAUAGUGUUUGGUACACUACAUACAUUUAUUGUGUGCCGCUGGCUCACACCAAACAAACAGGGGAAGGUUUAUCAAUGCGUUCUCUUCUAAAAAGUGGUCUAAAUGACUAAAAAUGGUGCAGUCACUAUGGAAUCCAGUAGGAUCAUCAGGCUGAUUCCAUGGGGGACUCCUCCAGGUUUACAUUUUUCCACCAGAUUUCAGUACAGAUCAGGUUGAUAAAUCUCUCACAUUGCACUUAAGCAGUGAUCUCAUUACCAGAUCGACGAUUUUUAUAAGCAGCGAGAGCAAUCCCUGGACUGUGCGAUAUAAUCCUCCCAAAAAGUCCAGUAAUCGAUGCUGAAGUUUGUAAGUCUUUUUGUAAAUAUCGUGUUAAGAGCAGGAUUGGAUUAAAUUGUUACAUUGUGGGUAGACAAUUAGAAAGGGUCCCACAAUGUUACUGCUGCCUUUGAUAUCCUGUAAAUUCUGCUAGUAAAUCUUCUUUGACCUGGUCAUCUGCCGUAAACUCCGCAGUGGGAAGUCUGAGAUUCUAUUAACAGGGUUAUUUAAAGCUGACACUGGAUUCAUUUUGAUUCUUUUUAUCAAUGCCCUGCGAGAAAUGGCCAGGGGGGCAUUAAAUUCACUAUCUACUGACAGAUUGCGUCAAUCCUUGCCCUAGAAAUCCCCGCUCGCUGUUGUGUCUUGUUAAUAAUUCUUGGAAUUCAGAAACCAGACAAUUGUAGAUCCAGUAAAUUAAAUUAAGCAGGGUUUCUGUCAUGGCUUAAGGAGCAGCCUGGGACUCAUACAAUGGUGUGACAUGCAGUGCGGAGGUUAUUGGAUCAGAUAAAACACUCUACAUCUGUCAGAAUUCCAGCGACCUUUAUACAAUACCUCUUGGCCCAUGUUACUCAUGCAAGAGCUACCGACAUCACCCUGACACAGAGGGGAAUAUUCUGGUCCAGUUUGUCACAGUCAGUGUUGUGUGAAUAUUAAAGGACCCAGUUAACCUUAAUAAAGCUAUGACGAUUAAUAAACGUAAGUUUAGUAUUUUGUGGACCAUGAUAUAUUACUGUAAAAAAUGUAGAUGAAUGGAUGUUAAUGUAGACUCUUUCUUAAUUUCUUCUUGUCUUCAGUUGAUUGAUAUAUAUACGUCUUUUGUAUAUAUAUUCUUGGGCCAAAUGCUCGCCACAAUAAUAUAUGUCUAUAUUAUUGAAAAGUAGUAAUACGCAAUCUGACUUACGGUUUCUUCAGGUUUAUUCUUAGUUACGGAUACAUAAAACAUAAUAUAGGAUGUUACAGGAUAAUGGACAUUUAACAGCAGAUGGUAAUUGCUGUACUUCUGAUGGGAGAGUUACAUCGUUGUACAGAGCCAAGCCAAGAGUGAGACCAAGACUAGACUGAGAGACCUCGUGUCCCUCUGUUACUAUAUAGAAGUGCUAAUACUAACGUCAGCAUAUAACUCUAGCCAUAUAAGGACAAAACCCCCCACAUCCACAUUCCAGAGCUCUCGGACAAAGAAAGCCUUGUGACUUAUUGAUACCAUCUGUUACUUAUGUCAAUCCACACAUCCAUAUAUAUAAUCAAUAGAAACAUAGAAUAUGCAAUAUUCUACAUUCCCUCUGUUUAUGGUUUGUUUUAAAACCAUAACACAAUGUAAUUAACCUGUCCAUUCAUACAUCACUUGUAUCACAUUCAUUGAGCAUAGAACAAGAUGUAGUCACAACUUUCUAUUAUAUGAGAGUUCUUAGAAGGUCGAGUUUCUAUCCCUCAUACUGCUUACUUUACUUCAAAACUCCCUCUGUUUCAGCUAUGUAUUGAUAUCCAUAUCCAUAUUACAUCAUAGCUACUUGAACAUAAUAUAUACAUAUAUAUAACAAUAAUAAAUGAAUAAAAUAAAAUAUUUACAAAUGUUGAUCCAAUAAACAAUAAAGCAAUCAGAAAGAUCUACCUGCUCUGGUACAGUCGUAUCUUUGUAGACAACAAAAUCAAGAUCGUAACUUUCUAAAUAAUAAUAACUGUGUUUCACUAUCAUAUUCCUAAUACAGACACAUAUAACAAAGUAUUUUUAUUCUCAAUACCUGAUAUUACUAAAGUACUAAUAAAUGUAUUACUAUAAUAUCCUGUCCAAUUAGAUUUCCAUGAAUCGUAUGGUUUCUAGCAACUUAAAAUCUUUAUCAUUUGUAUUCAUGAAUUACAUUCCUAUACCAUUAAUACCACCUAGUGAUGAUUGUAUCAGUACUUUACAAUCAUAGUAUUUAAUUUGUAUAUUCAGUAGGCUCUCACUACCUGAAAUAUACCAACACUACUUAUAAGUCUCAUUCAAAGGAUGUGUUAUCAACCAUGAAGUUCUAUAAUAAUUCUUCAAUUUAGAAAUUCUUCACCCAGAAAUCUUUCUAUCAUAGAUUUGUUUUAGUUUACAUAAUUAUAAUUUUCACUAAAAUUCCACCUUGUAGUAACAAACUUUAAAUUCAAUAGAAACAUAGUUUACUUUAAAAGAACUUGGAAAGAACAAUUUAAAUUCAUUAGCAUCACUCUCUUCAUUAGCAUUGUGAUGACUUAUUAAUGUAAUACAUCUUAAAAGCAGGAUUGUCCUAAUGUUCUGACCAAUCCAUAUUCCUUAGUACACUUCAACUGACUAAAAUAAAAUAAAAUAAACAAAACUUGGGGUCAUACUGCCCAGAAACUCUUAUUCCUAGUCCGUGUCUAACAAACUCAUAACAUCUUAUAACAACGUAUUCAUUGGAUACCAUCAUAUCCAGAAACCUAUUCUCCCUAGUCCAUACCUUUAUAGACUUAGGUCAAAUAUAAUUGUGUACUAUUCUCUUUCCAUUAAAUUCAAUUCCUCUUGGAUCUCUGAACUCUUAUAUCCAAGGCAUUCUUAAUGUAUAACAUUACUUAAUAUAAAUCAAUAUAAAUUAUUCUUCCUUAGUUUUCUUCCUUAUGUUACCAUUGUUUGUUUUACUUCACCUCGAUAUAAACAAAUUACUCAUUAUAGUUAAUCUGUGAAAUACUAUUGAACUCAAUCUUUGUAGUAUUAAGUAACCAUGAUCCUUAUUUUAUCAACUUCAUAUUUUAUCUACUUCUGAUACUUCUCAUUCUAUGUAUAGGUCAUAAUGUAAUAGUUCUCUCCAUAAUACUGUCCUUUCAUAAUUUUACUCCAUGUGUUAUAUUUAUAAGUACUCUCUUUUGGUAUUAAUACUCAUAACUGUUAAAUAACUUUUCAUUGUCUGUUUUCUUCUUCAUUAAUAUUUAGGAAUUUAUAUUAGUGUCAAUCUUUUAUUUCUUUGUAAGUCUGUUAAUCUUCUGUAUCGAAUGAACUCUGUAGAAUCUUCCAUCACAGUUUGCAGAUCAGAUGAAAAGUCUCUUUCCUACAGUCGAUGUCCAGUUGUCUGAAGAAUGCUUUUCUGAUUUAUUGCCACAAGGAUCUGUCACGCUUUACCUACAUUAAAACAAAUAACAUGUGCAGCAUCAAUACAAUGGCUUACAAUGUUUAUAUCUCAUUAUUAUUACACAGUUUAACAUUGAAUCAUAUUGACUACACAAAACAUACUCAUAUCUUCUCAUGAGAUCUACCAUCUAGUGGUCAUUACAUUUAUGCCAUGUGAUGUAUAAUCUUUACAUUUCCUUUUAUAUUAAAAUCUUUCUGAACAUGUAAAUUCUCAAACUUUUUAUUAAUCAUACCUUAUUAAUCAUACCCCCCUUUAAACUGUUUAAUAAUCUGGAGGUAUAACCUAAUCACAUAUCAGAUGUUACAACAAAAUAUUGUUUUCCACUAUACUUUAGCUAUAGUAGCCAUUUUGUCUUAACACUGGCACCAUUUUGUCACAUGAAACAAACUACAAAAACAUAUAUUGUUUCCUUCAUCAAAUGUAUUUGUAAAUCUAGGUUUUAUUCUAUCAAAACUUGUGUCUUCUAUGUAGUCAAAAUAUAUGUAUGUCCAGGCUUUGCAAAAUAUAGUAAUCCAUUAUCAGUCAUGACAUUAAAAUCUCAUUCUCAUGAAUUAAAUCAAAGAUUUUAAAUCAACCUCAGAAGCAACAACAUUGUUUUUUCUUCUGUAAAAUGAUUGGAGUUACUGUAUAAUCGCAUACACCCAAUAUAACAUUGCAUGUUCCUAACUGCUACAUUAGUGUAUUUCAUACUGUCAUAUUUGCAAACUUGAUGUAAAUUUUUAUUUUAAUUAAUUAACCUAAUACUUUCUUAUAACACACAUAAAAACAAUGAAAGACAGUACAGACUAACAAUUCAUUAAAACAACAAACUAACAUAGAUCUCUAUUCUUGUGCUGUUUUUAAUUCUGGAAUCAGCUUGUGUACAUCUGUUGGCAUACAUAUCCAUGCUUAUUCCCUAAACUGAUAUUUCUUGAAGUUAUCUGAUUCUUAUAACUUUCUGUGUUAUACUGCAUUGCUUGUCUGUCUCCUAAUUUCGAUUUAGCUAAAAUUGCUUUUAUUUGUCUGAUUAUCAGUUUACAAGGAAAGGCCUUUAUUGAUUUAUCUCCACAUGUAUUUUCUCUGUCAAAAUUUUCAAUCAACAUAUUUAAUUUCUCAUUUGCUUUUGAUUUAAUAUCUCGGAUAAAAUAUCUGCAAGAUCUUAAAUAAUGUUGUUUAUUGCACCAAAAACAAAUAACUUUAGGAGUUAUAUUCUGUCUUUGAUUAACUCUACAAUUUCUAGUUGAAUAAAUUGGGAGGGGCUCAGCUGUCUGUAUCACUCUACACUCUGUCCUAGAAGAAGAAGAAGGAGGGCUGUAAAAUCUGCACUUCUUCCUCUGCCUAAAUCCACAAGUCGUUUUAACCCCUUCAUUCUUGGUUUCCCUCCUUAAGUUAUCCAAGAACAAAGCUACUUCUGUCAAAGUGCUUUUUUCUCUAGCUAACACAAUUGCAGUUGGAUCUAGAUCUUGAAAUUUUUUCACAAAUUCAUUAAUUAACUGAUUCUCAGGAAAAUUAGCAACAAGUCUAUAUGCAUUUUCAAAUUUUACAAGAAAACUAAAUAUAUCCUCCCCCUUGUGUGGUUUUAGUUUUUCCAACAUUUCAGUGUCUGCAAAAUCAUUCCCUGUUGUUAAUUUUAUUAAUUGUGUUAAUCUGUCUUGCUUAUUUCCAUAUAUUAUUUCAUCAUUGUCCUGAAAUCUUACAGGCGCGGUCAGCCUACAUGCCAUUUGAGUCGGCAGCCAUAUUUGAAAUAGUCUAUUCCUUUGUUCGUCAUUUAGGCUGUAUUUGUCUAAAUUAGACUCAAACAUUUCAGCAUUAGUAAAUGCAUCCACUGACGUGUCAUAAACUGGAAUACAUUUCACAAUUUUCAUUAAUUGUUCAUGUAUUUUCAAAUUAAGUUUUGCAGUUCUGUCUUGAAAUUUAUAUUUCUGCAAAUCACUCUGUGAGGAUACAUUUUCAGUAUCUAUUGGUUCUGGGAUUAGAUUCUGUGCCUGUAUUUUUCUGGUAUUAACACACACUAGUUUAACUUCAUUUCUAAGCUGGCAAAUAAGAUCAUUUCUUAGUUCAACUCUAUCCUCUAAUUCACAGACUUUUUCUGACAAUGUGCUCUCUGUUACUUUGUUACACUGUUCAUUUAAAUCUGAUUUGUCUUCUGUUAACCCAUUCAAAUCUACUUCUUUUUCUGCUGAUUCUAAAUUGUCUUUACCUGUAUUUCGUUUACAAAUCAAUGCAUUGUAAGUACAGACUAGUUUCAUAACAUUUCUGAUCUUUUGUUUUUUCUUAUUAACAAACAAUUUCUUGUCAAUUUCACUAUUGGCAAUUUCACAUUGUGUGUAUAAAGAUUGCCACAAAACAGCAUCUGAAUAGCUGCUAUUACAUGCAAACUGCAAUUUACUUUUCUCUGCAAUAUCAUUUAUGAAUUCCAUGUUACUCACCAGAUCAGUUAUUUCUGUCUAUUUCGUUGCUUCAUCCACACAGCUGCGCAGUUCUUUGCUUGGACGCUUGCCAAUGUCUGCCACGUGCUUGCUUCUAGAAUUCACGUUGUAUCUUGUGCUUUUUGUCUCAGUUGUAGAAAAUAGUCUUGUACAGUCUUUGAUUUGAAAACUUUCUUUUUCUUACAAACACAGUCUAGAUUCUUUUUUUUCUCUUCAAGUUUGUUUUCCCAGUUCCAAAAUAGCUUUGUAACUCGAUUCUUCUCUCUCCCCCCUUGAAGUGGGAACAAAACUUUGAAUAGAAGACUGGCUGGCUAGCCAAUGUAAAAAACUAGAUGAAUGGAUGUUAAUGUAGACUCUUUCUUAAUUUCUUCUUGUCUUCAGUUGAUUGAUAUAUAUACGUCUUUUGUAUAUAUAUUCUUGGGCCAAAUGCUCGCCACAAUAAUAUAUGUCUAUAUUAUUGAAAAGUAGUAAUACGCAAUCUGACUUACGGUUUCUUCAGGUUUAUUCUUAGUUACGGAUACAUAAAACAUAAUAUAGGAUGUUACAGGAUAAUGGACAUUUAACAGCAGAUGGUAAUUGCUGUACUUCUGAUGGGAGAGUUACAUCGUUGUACAGAGCCAAGCCAAGAGUGAGACCAAGACUAGACUCGUGUCCCUCUGUUACUAUAUAGAAGUGCUAAUACUAACGUCAGCAUAUAACUCUAGCCAUAUAAGGACAAAACCCCCACAUCCACAUUCCAGAGCUCUCGGACAAAGAAAGCCUUGUGACUUAUUGAUACCAUCUGUUACUUAUGUCAAUCCACACAUCCAUAUAUAUAAUCAAUAGAAACAUAGAAUAUGCAAUAUUCUACAAUUACACUGUUUAUCCAUAGGCAACAUCAAUAGCAAAAGACAUAAUGUUAAAGGGACACUCCAGACCCCUAAAGCACUUUAUUUUGCUGUAAAGCGUUAUGUGUGCAGAGUGAGGCCUGUUUUUCUUCACUUUGCAAAAAGUGUUGAUUUUAAUAGCUAUUAGCACUUUUUAUAAAUGAACCUUUUUACAACCCCCCACCCCCCUGGCUGUCAAUCAGACAACCAGUCCUGUUACUUCCUGGUUUGUUUAGCUCAGUGAAGAUAAACUUAAGAGACAGCAAUUGUCCAGAGCAUCUGCCUUGCAAAGACUUCUCAUUGAGCUGCAUUGGGAAGACAGUGAUUGGACAGCCAGAGAAAGUCUGGGCGGGGUUAGAAGGGGAGGACUUGCAAAGGCAGCAGACAAGAGAUCUGCAGCUUUUGCAAGCUGUUUUUAGAUAUAUCCCCAAUGAAAAAGAAAUAAUUUAAUGCAUGCAAGUUUUCAUUGGGGCUAUAUCUACUAAACAGUGAUCUUUAUUUAUUUUGUAUUUAGGCAUUAAAGUCCCUUGAAAGAAAUGGUGAGCACUUUUUCUACCUAAAAAUAAUCAAUUUAAUACAAGCCUUUCACAUUUUUGUUUUCAAAAAGGUAUUUUUGAAUCAGCUAAUAAAACUACAUACCACCCAUCUGUCCUCAAUCACACAGGACAGUCCUGAUUUAGGACCCUGCUUCUUCCCAGCUUUGUUUUAUUAAAUAAAGUGUAAGGAAUAUCUACCCGUAUAACAGUGUGAAGAGCAGCCAUGGUUGGGGCUAAGUCCCUGAGCGCAUUCCCAAAAAGAAGCCCCAUUAAAGUCAGUUGUAUCUUGUCUCCCAAGCCAGCAUGACCUGCAGGAACUAGUAGUACCGCGGGUGAAUAUGGGAAAGUAGGACGAUGUGAAUAUUAAUUAUUGAAAGUGUUUGUGCCCUGACUUGCUUUAUUCGUCACAGGUCAGGGGAUUUAUAAACAUUUCUGUUUGAAAAACCCAUUUAUAUCAGCAGUGUUUACUGUGAUAAAUAAAUUAUAAAUAUCAGGAAUAGAAAUGUGAUAUUUCCUCCGUAGAGUACGCCAGCCAUGACAAACAUGAAGAGAAUGAAAUGUCACCUGUAUGUCGCUCUUGCUCAGGGAUUCCUCGCCUCUUGGUCAGGACUUAAAAUCGGCUCUAUGUGCUUUUUCUCGGGAUCUCCAAAUCUUAUACAUCAUAUUAUUAUUAUGAGCAUUUAGCAUUUAUUGAUCAUCUCCCCGCAACUGACAGCGGUAAUUAGUUACAGUAAUGGGGAAAGCGUCUAAUGUAGGGUUUUUAUAGAAUACAUUUUGUUAUAUAUUAUUGAAACAGAUCACCAAUCUAAUGCCUUGUUGGUUAUUUACGUCAGUCCAGAAAAUUAAAAAACGCUCUGCUCCAGCCUGUAAUUCUUUUCUUUUAGGUUUUGCCUUUCACCUUAUUCCAAGUGUUUGUUGGAAAUAGCAAAAAUAUAACAUGGACGGUCGCUAUGUGUAAUAUCUUGCAGCAUACAGCCUCAAGCUGUAUGCUCAAUCCAUUUAGGGGGGAUUAGGGGGGAGUGGGAGCGUUAUCAGGUAUUUCUUUGAAAUAUAAUUCCAUUUUCUGGUUAUUUGCCAGCGCAAUAUACACACUCAUUCUAUUUCUACCUGAGGUAGGAAUUGUCAUGCAGCAAAAAUUUGAAUUAAAAAAAUCUCCAUUUAAAUAUAAAACACUUAGCGUUGUUGUACCUAAAUUUCAUAAUUAUUCAGCAUGAAAUGUUUUUGACCCAGAAUCCUUCCUGACACAGGAUGAAUUGAAUUGGGGGAAAUGCUGAAAAUAAACCAAGAGUUCUAGUUCGAUUUAUUCUGCAUUCCUGCUAAAAACUGCAAUGUGAUUUGUUCCAAAAAAACUAAACGCUUUGUGUAGAUAUUCUAACGCCCGUCUGUUUUCUUUGCAGAAAACCCCAAUAUUCCGAGGGGAGCAGAAGAUUCUAACAGUGAGUUGUUUAAAUCCUACUGCUUGUAUUAAACCAGAAAAUAAAUCAGCAAACGAGCCUAAAAUAGAUCACAGCAAGUUACAUUUUUAUAUGUUUUUUAAAGUCAAGAAGUAAAUUACUGACUGUUUCUAAUAGCAACAGAGGCAAAAAUAGAUCGAGCUGCAUAGCAAUAAAUAAUUUUCCGAGGCCGGAACAUAGGUAGCAUAUUGUAACAAGGACUUUGUAGAUCAAACAGUUGGGCUUGUGUCAUUGUCUGCACGAUUAAUAUACUGUAUCUACAAUUAAGAGUCUACAGAAUAAACUAACCAAUUUGUUCUGUGAGCUGUGCGUCUCAUUGGUUUAACCCUUUAGGAGCCGAUUCGCCCAGAUCAGGUCUUAAUGCCUAACUUGGGUCUUUUCCACCCUGGGUUUUCUAAAUGUUAUCCCAAGUCAGUGCACUUUGUUAGACCCCAUUAUUGACCCUGGAGAUGCAUUUGAGAAGAAAGCAGUUGCCAUCUUGACUCUGGCGAGUUCUGUCCCUGUUUAAGCUGUGAUGUUGAAUUAUCAUUUAAUCCCCAUUAAAGUAUGUUUCCCAACAGUCCUGGAUUUGACAAAGCAUUCCUGAUUUGUGACUCUUGUCCCACCUCUGAUGAAAGCUCAAUGUAGGCACCUGGCUAAAAUGCUCUUGUGCCUAUUGCCAGGCAGUUCUGUCCAGGUGAGAAUGGAAGCCCUAGGGAGUCCACUGCUAAGGUUUUGGAAUAUACACCAGACAGAUAUUUAUUCCCCACUUUUUUGUGUAUCUUUAGUGAAUUACAUUAUCACAAUGCUUUUUCAGCCAAUCCCCUACUAUCCCAGUCUCAUAUCUCCCAGCGUUGCAAGGCUAGUAUAAAGGAUACUUGGUAACCCUUGAAUUCACACAGUGACCUCCUCAGAUCUGGGUACAAACCUUUCAUUUUGAGAAUAUGCUUGUUGGCGUAUUAACCCUUUCGGUAUCACAACCUGUAUAUGAGAUUUAGGCGCUCCAUAGCGGUCAUGCCCAAUGGGUGAUGACGGUUAUAUUAAGUGCCUGCUGGUGUUCUGGCCAGCCCCUCUGUCUACUACAGAGGAUGGUAUGCCUAACCGAGCCUGCACGGCACUAUAAUCUGCUCGGAUGUUUGCAGGUUACAGCUCCCUGUUUAACACAUGCCUGGUUUCAUCCUGUCAACUAUACUUACUGUAUAUGCAUUAUGCCCACACAGUCAGAAUCGCUACAGAAUCCCUCAGACUAUGAGCAGAUUACUUCCAAUCGCACAUCAGAAGGGAAUUUGGUCAUUUUUUUAUUUCAUCCUACUGUAUGUUAUAAAAUCCUACACUAAUUUUUCAGAUAUUAAAAUAUAUUUUAAUGUGGAAUAUUUUCACAUCUCCAACUCCAAUAUCUCUGAGUAGAUUAACAAAGGCAAACAAAUAAGAAUUCUAUCAAUUUAUAAAUGUUAUUCUUUAAGGCUUCCCUAGGCAGCAGUUAAUACCUUAAAUUUUUUGGUUAUGUAUUUGAGGUUUCAAAUAAAUAUAUAUUCUGUUUAUUUGAUUUCUUUUUACUCAGUAGUUAAUUAACCACAUUGUAAUUGCUUUUAACCUACCUACAGAUCUCCUAAUAGACUAAUCACAUUGAAGGACACUUGUUUAGCACAUUUCAGGAAAUGCUCUUGGGCUAUAGCAAUAUAUUACUCAUAGUGUCCCUUGAAUUAUUUUUUAAAAUAAAAGAGAAUUCCGAUGAUUCCAGAUAUUCUUGAUUGGUCUCCUAGAAUCAUCAAUACGGUAGAUAAGGGAGGGUAUUUUUUCGAUUACCGUUUUCAGAUAAGAAACAAUUAUUCUUGGCAGUUCGUAUCCUUUAUUUGCUAUUUAAAUGACUGCAAAUUGUCCUGUCUGCAUAGUUUGUACAGUUUCUUUGUGUCAAUACCUGCAUUACAUCCAAUCAAUAGCCUCUAAAAUGUGCAGAGGGUUGAGAUAAGGUGUGAGUGAAUGCGACUGGCUGAAUGUCCCAGCAGGGUCCCACAUAGUCUGCCGCUGUUAAGGCUGCCAUUGUGCGAUACAAACUAUCAGUGUUUAGAAAAUAUCCCCCUGGUGAGCGUUUAAUUCUUCUGCACUAUUUGUGAUUCUCUUAGCUUUGCACGAUGUCAGGAGGGUCGCUCGUUCCUCAGGUACAAAUCUUUUAGGACUCAAAGAAAACAUUAGUUAGUGUAAUUCUUUUCUUAACAAUUGAAUAAAGGCAAAAAAAAAAGUGUUGAAUCGUUUGCUAACAGUACAAUCCUCGUAGCAGUGUGUCCAGUGUAUUUUUGUGGCUUGCGUGCUGUGAUGAAAGAGCAAGACAGGGGACAAUAUUGUCUUUACCAAGAUCGUUUAUCGCAAACACUGAAAUGUUCACACAGAACAUCCUCACUGCAAAACUAAGGGUUGUACACAAACACCGGAAAAUGCUUACGGUCCGAAAAAUUCAAAAAAAUGUUGCAUAUAACUUAGCUUUUCUGAGACAUUUUAUGUGACCUCAUGACUGACUAAUAACCGUUUAUGGAGCUGAGAUUGUAAGAGAACAAAAUCAAGGUGUCUUAUUUACACAGACUGAUUUUUAAACACAUCUAUUGUAGUUUACUGUACAUUACUGGGAGUGUUAUUACUGUUAUACACUCAGACACAUUACUGGGAGUAUUAUUACUGUGUGGCUCUGUUAUACACUCAGACACAUUACUGGGAGUAUUAUUGCUGCGGAGCUCUGUUAUACACUCAGACACAUUACUGGGAGUAUUAUUGCUGUGGAGCUCUGUUAUACACUCAGACACAUUACUGGGAGUAUUAUUGCUGUGGAGCUCUGUUAUACACUCAGACACAUUACUGGGAGUAUUAUUGCUGUGGAGCUCUGUUAUACACUCAGACACAUUACUGGGAGUAUUAUUGCUGUGGAGCUCUGUUAUACACUCAGACACAUUACUGGGAGUAUUAUUGCUGUGGAGCUCUGUUAUACACUCAGACACAUUACUGGGAGUAUUAUUGCUGUGGAGCUCUGUUAUACACUCAGACACAUUACUGGGAGUAUUAUUGCUGUGGAGCUCUGUUAUACACUCAGACACAUUACUGGGAGUAUUAUUGCUGUGGAGCUCUGUUAUACACUCAGACACAUUACUGGGAGUAUUAUUGCUGUGGAGCUCUGUUAUACACUCAGACACAUCACUGGGAGUAUUAUUGCUGUGGAGCUCUGUUAUACACUCAGACACAUUACUGGGAGUAUUAUUGCUGUGGGCUCUGUUAUACACUCAGACACAUUACUGGGAGUAUUAUUACUGUGGAGCUCUGUUAUACACUCAGACACAUUACUGGGAGUAUUAUUGCUGUGGAGCUCUGUUAUACACUAGACACAUUACUGGGAGUAUUAUUGCUGUGGAGCUCUGUUAUACACUCAGAAACAUUACUGGGAGUAUUAUUGCUGUGGAGCUCUGUUAUACACUCAGACACAUUACUGGGAGUAUUAUUGCUGUGGAGCUCUGUUAUACACUCAGACACAUUACUGGGAGUAUUAUUGCUGUGUGGCUCUGUUAUACACUCAGACACAUUACUGGGAGUAUUAUUGCUGUGGAGCUCUGUUAUACACUCAGACACAUUACUGGGAGUAUUAUUGCUGUGGAGCUCUGUUAUACACUCAGACACAUUACUGGGAGUAUUAUUACUGUGUGGCUCUGUUAUACACUCAGACACAUUACUGGGAGUAUUAUUGGUGUGGAGCUCUGUUAUACACUAGACACAUUACUGGGAGUAUUAUUGCUGUGGAGCUCUGUUAUACACUCAGAAACAUUACUGGGAGUAUUAUUCCUGUGGAGCUCUGUUAUACACUCAGACACAUUACUGGGAGUAUUAUUGCUGUGGAGCUCUGUUAUACACUCAGACACAUUACUGGGAGUAUUAUUACUGUGGAUCUCUGUUAUACACUGAGACACAUUACUGGGAGUAUUAUUGCUGUGGAGCUCUGUUAUACACUCAGACACAUUACUGGGAGUAUUAUUACUGUGGAUUUCUGUUAUACACUCAGACACAUUACUGGGAGUAUUAUUGCUGUGGAGCUCUGUUAUACACUCAGACACAUUACUGGGAGUAUUAUUGCUGUGGAGCUCUGUUAUACACUCACAUUACUGGGAGUAUUAUUGCUGUGGAGCUCUGUUAUACACUCAGACACAUUACUGGGAGUAUUAUUGCUGUGGAGCUCUGUUAUACACUCAGACACAUUACUGGGAGUAUUAUUGCUGUGGAGCUCUGUUAUACACUCAGACACAUUACUGGGAGUAUUAUUGCUGUGGAGCUCUGUUAUACACUCAGACACAUUACUGGGAGUAUUAUUGCUGUGGAGCUCUGUUAUACACUCAGACACAUUACUGGGAGUAUUAUUGCUGUGGAGCUGUGUUAUACACUCAGACACAUUACUGGGAGUAUUAUAGCUGUGGGGCUCUGUUAUACACUGACACAUUACUGGGAGUAUUAUUGCUGUGGAGCUCUGUUAUACACUCAGACACAUUACUGGGAGUAUUAUUGCCGUGGAGCUCUGUUAUACACUCAGACACAUUACUGGGAGUAUUAUUGCUGUGGAGCUCUGUUAUACACUCAGACACAUUACUGGGAGUAUUAUUGCUGUGGAGCUCUGUUAUACACUCAGACACAUUACUGGGAGUAUUAUUGCUGUGGGGCUCCGUUAUACACUCAGACACAUUACUGGGAGUAUUAUUGCUGUGGAGCUCUGUUAUACACUCAGACACAUUACUGGGAGUAUUAUUGCUGUGGAGCUCUGUUAUACACUCAGACACAUUACUGGGAGUAUUAUUGCUGUGGGGCUCCGUUAUACACUCAGACACAUUACUGGGAGUAUUAUUGCUGUGGAGCUCCGUCAUACACUCAGACACAUUACUGGGAGUAUUAUUGCUGUGGAGCUCUGGUAUACACUCAGACACAUUACUGGGAGUAUUAUUGCUGUGGAGCUCUGUUAUACACUCAGACACAUUACUGGGAGUAUUAUUGCUGUGGAGCUCUGUUAAACACAUUUAGACACACCAACAAUAUGGAGCUCCUAGUAAAGAGGGGCAGAUGGAUAUAAAUGAGGGACAGUGGGAUUGUAGUAGGGACUGUCCCUCCUUGGGAGGUAUUGAUCUCCAUUUUAUACAGUAUUUAUUGUAUGGCUGUGCAUUAGAUGCUGUACUGAUGUCCACCUUAUCUCACGUCUCGCUGUUCUUUUUACAGAUUCAGUUCCCGUUAUUGGCAGCUCCGGUCUUAUUUUGGUGCUUCUCAUCUUGACAGUAAUUCUGGAACUUACGUGAAAAGAAAAAAACUUAAAACAAAAUGGGAGCCUGUCGAAUCCUCAAAGACUUCACAAAAAAAGUAUUCCGUUUACUUCAAUCAAUAAUUUUUUUUGUUUUUCUAUACUAGCUCCAGUCUUGUUAAUGGUGGAUUUCUGUCUGUGUUUUGGCUUUCUCAAGCUGAUAAAUUAAAAAAAACAAAAAAAAAAAAAAAUCUCUCCUUCUCAAUAUGUGUCUUUCCUGAUUCACCGCUGCCCCCCAAAAAAUGCACUGACUUCCCAAAAAAAUAAAAAUAGUAAAAAAAAAAACAAAACGACAAAAGGAUUUUACAAAAGAGUUAAUGCUUAGGAAACAUGGCGGCUGAAGUGAAGAAACGCUCCUUUCACUCCCCGAAUCUUUUUAACACGACACCACGAAGAGAAGAUCCUUCUAGCUGCGUGUGGACAGCAGACAUUUCUCUGGAGAGUUUAAUUGCAUAUUUUUUAAGAUAUUAUUGGUUCAUUACUAUAAAGAGUUUCUAAUUAAAAAAAGACACUUAAUAUUCCUAGUAACUAAUUGUCCGGUAACUUGGUUACAUUUAUAUUUAUAGCGACACCGUGGUUAUUACCAAUCUGACAGCUGUUACCGACCGUUAAUAUUCCCUAUUUACACUUAAAAAGUCAAAUCUUCAUUAAAGCAAGCUUUAUUUUCUUUGAUUAAACAUAUAUAUGAAAAUCUGUGAAUAUGUUUUUCAUUUUGUGUGUACGAUGAUAAAACUGGUUCAUUUUAAAUUUAAUGCAGCAAUGUAAAUAAUAUUUGCUCUGUACUUCCUUCUCACAAUAGCAAAACUACUAAAGAAAAACUGGCGCAAAUGGUGUCUCUGCCACGGUAGGCAGUGGUGUAUUCUGGUUUCUGGUUUUGUGCCCUAGGCAGCACAAAACUCGGACAUCCCCC